AUGGGUAUUAGAUUCACCCAUGUUAGUGGGGCACCAUCACCGUUGAUUGGUAAUACCAAUGGAACUUUGAAAACUUUUACGAUAGCAUAUGGGGAGCUAGUGAAGUCGAUCACUUCGUACACGAAUGAUGGUUUCUAUGCUGGCUUUACCAUAGUUACCGCCCAAGGGAGGUCAUUCACGGCUGGUAAAGUCACCUCAGAAUCACAUGGGCAACCCUCUCGCAGCGGUUUCAUCGUCGCUUUAAUCGGUCGAAGGGGUGAUGAAUUUGAUGCAUUCUCACUUGGCAUGUUAGACGAUCUUCAAAGCUGUCUUGUUGAAAUGAAUUAUUUGAUGAUGCCAAAAGGAGGGAUGACCGAUGUGUCAAUCUUGAAGGUGACUAAAGACAACAAGGAAGGGGCGCGUGAUGCCAGUGUCAACAUCGGCGAGAGCGUCUCCGUCACGAGCUCUGUAACCACCAGCAAGACCUGGAGAGAAAGCUUAGGGAUAUCUGUUAGUAUUUCAGGCAAGAUUUUUGGAAUCGGUGCCGACGCCAGCACAGAUUAUACAUACAGCGAGGACAAAAGUGAAUCAUCGUCUUAUUCAAUUACUAAGACGACCGAUAUCUCCGCAGCGAUGCAAGUUCCCCCUGGGAAGACAUAUCUAAUCACGGCAUUGUAUUACAAGGGCACAUUUGACGUUGAAUUUCGUCCCAAAUACACAUUCAUGACGAAAACUGGAUUCAGAGCCAUGUUUCCCAAGGGAGCAGCGCAGCCUGUCUCCGGCGUCGCUUCCGGAAACAUGAUAAUUACAACCAACGACAUAACGGACAUGUCUCCAAGUCAAAUUUCUCAGCUUAUCUCUCCAUCAACAAAGAUUGGAGAUGAAUCCACUUCUGAAGCUGAAUUUGAGAAUGUGCUCACGAGAGAAGUCCUGGACAGCAGCGCUCGGAAUUUUGGGCAGGAAGUCGGCGUGUCUGCAGAUGAUCAGUAA